AAAUUAAACAAUUUUGUGAUGGUAUUUUAAAGUUAUUUGGGGAAUUUGGGUGGAUUCCAUUCCCACACUCAUACCACUUUUUAUUAUCCACCAAUGAUUAAUCUUGACCACUUUCCUCCAAGUCCCAUACUCAACCCAGUUAACUCAAAUGACACAAUUUACACAAUAAACUCAGUUGACACAAAUUCAAUAAAUAAUGUGGGAAAUGUGAAUUUGUUUGGUUUGGGGGAUGGGAUAAAAUUGGGUACGACCAUAAUUGGUAUGAAGUUUGAGGAUGGAGUGGUGUUGGUAGCGGACGGUCGCACUUCCUCGGGGCAGAUCGUGGCCAACAGAGUCGCGCGUAAGAUUACGCGGAUACUGCCAAACAUUUUCAUGCUAAGGUCAGGCUCAGCCGCUGACUCACAGACACUCUCAACCAUCAUACGAUACCACGCACAGUCACUCAAACAACAACUCAAACCCGCCGGACGCUUUCCACCAAGUACGAGGGAUGAGAUGGACAUUGAUGAGUUGAGUGAGUUUUCAGGUUUCAAGACAAACGAGUAUAAAUUGAGCUCGUUGGAGAACACACCGUUGGUCCGGUCACUGGCCAGGGCUACGCAUAACUUAGUCCACGAGUACAGAAAUAUGUUAUACUGUGGCGUGAUUUUGGCCGGAGUUGACAGCCUGGGCGCGCAGAUAUUCAACGUGACGGUGGGCGGGACACUGAUUGAAAUUGAGGACUUUUUAGCCACAGGCUCAGGCUCAUCGUUCAUCACGGCCUUUCUCCAGAGUAAUUAUAAAAAGAAUUUAUCACAAGACGAGUGUUUAAAAUUGUUGAAAAGGAGCAUCGAGUACGCAAUUCUCAACGAUAACUCCUCCGGAGGAAUCAUGAGAGCAGUCGUAGUCACCAAACAUAAAGUCACCGAGUACUACUUCACACAACCUCACUAAUUUUUAUCACUAUCU